AUGAUCAACACUUGCCGUGAAGCCGAACGGAGGGUUCUCCGGCUGCUCCACGGCCGUCAAACCCUCACCCAACUGACCCAAAUCCACGGCCACCUCCUCCGCCACGGCCUCGACCAACUCAACCUCCUAAUCACCCACUUCAUCUCCGCCUGCUCCUCCCUCAACCAAACCCACUACGCCCAUCUCAUCUUCCAACAAACCCACCACCCCAACAUCCUCCUCUUCAACUCCCUCAUCAAAUCCUUCUCCCUCUCUCCUCCUUCUUCCCACUCCUCCCUCCUCAUCUUCUCCCACAUGAAACGCCGCCGCAUUUGCCCCGACGAGUUCACCUUCCCCCCUCUACUCAAGUCAUGCUCCAACAUUUGUGACUCUCGUCUGGGCCAAUGCGUGCAUGGGGAGGUUGUGAGAGGAGGGUACGAGUGGUUCGGUUCGAUAAGGGUUGGGAUUUUGGAGAUGUAUGUGACUUUCGGGAGGUUAAGGGAUGCAGGGAACGUGUUCGAUGAAAUGUCUGAGAGGGAUGUGAUUGUUUGGAAUCUGAUGAUAAAAGGGUUUUGUAAGAUGGGGGAUGUGGAGACUGGGUUGGGGUUGUUUAGGAGGAUGGGGGAGAGGAAUGUGGUUUCGUGGAACACGAUGAUUUCGUGCUUGGCGCAGAAUGGGCGGGAUGGCGAGGCAGUGGAGGUUUUUAAUGAGAUGAGGGAGGAGGGUUUUGAAAUUGAUGAGGCUACUGUGGUGUCGGUUUUGCCUGCGUGCGGGCAGUUAGGGGCUGUUGAGGUUGGGAAAUGGAUACAUUUGUAUACAGAUUCAAAGGGACUGAUAGGAGAAGUUGUGUCCGUGGGGAACGCGGUUGUGAGCUUUUACUGUAAAUGUGGAGAUUUGGAUGCUGCGUGUAGUGUUUUUAAGGGAAUGGCGAGGAAGAAUGUUGUAUCGUGGAACACUUUGAUUUUGGGGUAUGCUUUUAAUGGGAGAGGUGAACUUGGGAUCGAGUUGUUUGAGGAGAUGAUGAAUGCGGAUGAGAAGCCGAAUGAGGCGACGUUUGUAGGGGCGUUAACGUGCUGCACGCAUGCAGGGUUGGUCGAGAAGGGAAGGGAUUUGUUUGCUUCGAUGACUGAAAUUCAUGGAAUUGAGCCUAAACUAGAGCAUUAUGGAUGCAUGGUUGAUGUUCUUGGCAGAAGUGGAUGUCUGAAGGAGGCUCAUGACUUGAUCAAGAGCAUGCCUAUGAAGCCUAAUGCUGCCUUAUGGGGUGCACUGCUGGGUGCUUGCUCUACUCACGGUGAAGUAAAGCUUGCGGAACUUGCAGCUAAGGAGCUUAUUGAUGUUGAACCAUGGAAUUCCGGGAAUUAUGUGUUGUUGUCAAAUAUUUACGCAGAAGAAGGCCGGUGGGAUGAAGUUGAGAAAGUCAGGGAAUUGAUGAAGGAAAACUGCAUCACCAAAGCACCGGGCCAGAGUGCCAUUGGAAAGUCAUAAACGUCCACUAUAACGAGGAAAACCAGAGAUAUUGACCACAGAUAGCCAGAAUGCAGGUCAUUCUUCUAUUUCCAACAUUUGUUUCAAAACACUGAGAAUAAUCAUAGGGGAUAGUACUAAUUUUCUCUUCCAGUUCUCCAAGAUAACCCACCAUAGUAGGUUGAAUGAGGGAGUUUAGGUAGCAUAGUUUGAACUGGAAUAGAUCUGAAUCAUGUUUAUGCCCUACAGAAGAACAUGACAUCACUUUAUUAUUGGACUAACUUGGUACUCCAGAUAUUCUUUU